AUGAUUGUGACAGCUGUUAUUGAUCGAAGCUCUCAAAUCAAUGUUACAUUAAAACAAGAAUCUGAUCAAUUAACUAAAAUUCGACAUUCCCCUUUACCAAAUUAUAAAUAUGAAUUUUGGGAGAAAUUUAUAAUAUGUAUACAUGAUAUAUAUGAUCAACUAAUUAACAAUGAAGUAAAGAAGAUGAAGCUUAUACUGGAGUCAACGCAUAGUCCUCAUGCUAAUGCACUCAAGGAAACAUUUAAACGAGUUGUUCGUGGUAUGUUGAUCGAUGAAUGUUACUUUUCCUUCUCAAAUGUAAUCAGUGAUACUUAUAUGAAUAAUUGUAAUAGUUUUCAUCUGUGA